CUCUGACCACGUAUUUUUGAAAUGUUAUCUCACUUACAUUUAUUCUUAUUUAUAAACGUUGUUAGCGGAUAUUAUGUGCAGUUGGUUAAGACGCGGGAUCGCGGUCGAACGGCUAUGAUGGUGCGCUUGACAUUUGCUGUUCUGUUCGUAAUAACGUGCGCCGGCGCAGAAGAUGUCGUCUCCACACCGAAGCCGAAAAAAGUUCUGGACACUGUUAUGAAUCCAGCGUACAUACCUCUGGAAGAGAAGCAUGGAUCGUUUUGGAAGAAAUCCGCUUCGGAAGCCUUGAAAUCGAAAUUAAAAGAAACGGUUAACACUAACAAAGCCAAAAAUGGUAUACUCUUCAUCGGUGAUGGAAUGUCUAUUGCGACUAUCAUGGCAGCGAGAACACUGGCCGGCCAAGUCGAGAGGGGUCUAGGUGAAGAUAAUGUGCUCGCCUUUGAGAAGUUCCCGAUAGCUGGACUGGCGAGGACAUAUUGCAUUGAUGCACAAGUCGCGGAUUCGGCGUGCACCGCCACUUCCUACCUCUCAGGUGUGAAAACCAAAUACGGAGUCAUAGGCUUAGAUGGCAACGCGACCAGGGGUUCCUGCUUAUCCCAGUUGCAUAAAGCGAACUGGUCUCCUUCUAUUGGCCAGUGGGCUUUGGAGAACGGAUUGGAUGUUGGUUUGGUAACCACCACAAGAGUUACUCACGCCUCACCGGCUGGUAUGUACGCCCAUACAUCCGAGCGGAACUGGGAGUCAGAUGCUGAUGUACCCGAAGAAUGCCUCAGUUUAGGAUGCCAGGAUAUCGCCUACCAGCUCGUCACUGGCAACCCUGGACGACAUUUCAAGGUCAUCAUGGGAGGAGGUCGUCGUGAAUUUUUACCAAAUAUUACAUCUCCAUUGACGAAUUCGACAGGCAGAAGACGAGAUGGAGUGGAUCUCACAGAGCUGUGGCAUCAAGAUAAAUUGGAAAGAAACGCAACACAUCAAUAUGUCACCGAGAGGAAUGAGCUAAUGAAAGUCUUCGAAUCAGAUGAUUUGCCGGAAUACCUACUAGGAUUGUUCCAAGAUGAUCAUAUGGAUUACCACUUACAAGCUAAGGACCAACCAACCCUCGAAGAGAUGGUGGAAGUCGCCAUUAAAGUGCUAUCAAGGAGUUCAAAGGGAUACUUUUUGUUUGUUGAAGGUGGAAGGAUCGACCACGCCCAUCACGAUAGCUAUGCCUACUUGGCCCUAGACGAAACCAUAGAAUAUUCGAAGGCAGUACAAAAAGCAAAAUCCCUAACAAAUGAAACGGACACAUUGAUAGUUGUUAGCUCAGAUCACGCACACACUAUGACAGUAGCUGGUUACCCCUCCAGGGGUAACGAUAUUCUGGGUCUUGUGGAUGCAGCUCAAGGGUCAGAUGGCAAGCCAUACACAACAAUAAGUUACGCCAACGGUAAAGCCACGUCUAUCACUGAUAAAGGAAGAGUAGAUUUGUCUUUGGAAAGCGAUUUCAAGAACAGGAAAUUGGACUAUUCUUAUCCAAGUUUGGUUCCGUUGGACUCCGAAACCCACGGGGGUGAGGAUGUUGCUGUUUUCGCGAGUGGACCCUGGCAGCAUCUGUUCACAUCCAGCUACGAGCAGUCCGCUAUACCACAUUUCAUGAGUUUCGCCAUGUGCCUCAACGAUAUAAAACAUGAACAAUGCAAACGGCAUAGAACUUUAUGGACGUCUAGUAGUACCAUGAAUAAACCAAUCAAGUAUUAUAUCUUAAGUUUAUUAGCUGUGAUUUUAAUAAGUAUAUCCUAUUUCUAGUAAGUGAAUUGUUAGGCCCUAGAUACUUAAUUUAUUUAGUUACAUUGUUAUCUGUAUUAAUUCUUCAACAAAUACAAUAGUUGUUUUUGGUAACUGUUGUUAUUAUUAUAAUUGUUGUAAAUAUAUUAUUUUCAACUCUUGUUAAAUAACCAUUAGGCUGGUCCUAGAUUUUAGAUACAAAAGAUUUAAUGUUCCAUAAAAUUAUUGAUGAUUUAUGUUUAUACAAUGCCAUGAACUUGUACAAAUAUUACAUUUUUAUUACUUAUAAUUUAAUAGAUGUUCUCUUUAAUAUUAUUAAAGAUUUUAAGUUAAAUAAUUCGCUACGGUUUACUGAUUACUCUUGCAAAUGAAAUUAACGCUUACAAAAUGUUGUCUUCCAAUAUCUUUAAGGUAUUGAAUUAAAAUCUAUAGUAUAUUUCAUAAUGUAAUUAUCAAUAAUUAUUACCUCCAAGGAAGGACAUGUGAUAACUUUAAUUGUUGAUGAAAUAAAUAUUUGCUGUUAGUAUUAAUAUGUUAAAUAAAUACGUUCCUACGA